CUGGAAAGAACACAAUUUUAGGUUAGGAAUUAGAAGAGGAGUAUAACCUGUCCAUGAUUCAUAACAAAUCAUAGAAGUAAAUAAAAAGUGGAAAUAUCAACAAAACAGUCCUGAUUUUAAAAUCAUGAGUAGUAUUUAUAUUUUAGAACCCCAAACAUCUGGAAAGGUUCUGUUAAAAACUACCGUUGGAGAUAUAGACAUAGAAUUAUGGGCCAAAGAAACCCCAAAGGCUUGCCGAAAUUUCAUACAGCUAUGUUUAGAGGGAUACUACAAUAACCUCAUCUUCCACAGGGUAGUAAAAGAUUUCAUUGUACAAGGAGGAGAUCCAAAUGGAGAUGGUACUGGUGGGGAGUCCAUAUACGGAGAACCCUUUAAAGAUGAAUUCCAUCAGAGGCUUAAAUUCGCGAGGAGAGGGCUAGUGGCAAUGGCCAAUGCUGGGAAGGAUGAUAACGGUUCUCAGUUCUUUUUUACUCUGGGUCCUACACCAGAAUUACAGAACAAGCACACCAUUUUUGGGAAAAUUACUGGCGAGACUGUUUUUAAUAUGCUUAAAUUAGAGGAGGGGUUAGUUGAAGAUGAAAGGCCAGUUUAUCCUAAUAAGAUCAUAAAAGCUGAAGUUUUGAACAAUCCUUUUCCAGAUAUUGUACCAAGGUUUCAGAAGGUUGAAGUGAAAGAAAAACAGAAGAAGGAGAAGAAAGCUGGGGUGAAGAAUUUCAAGCUAUUGUCAUUUGGUGCUGAAGCUGAAGAAGAUGAGGAGGAAUUUACUAGAGUGAAUAAAAAUUUGAGUGGAAAAGGCAAAUCAACUCAUGACGUUUUAGAUGAUCCUACACUAAGUUCCCAGACAGAAGCUGAGGCAGUUGAUGAACCUGAUCCAUCGACAACUACGGAAAAACAAUUAGAGAACAUAAAGAAGAAACUUCAGGGUGCGAAACAGUCCAAACCUAAAAGCCAAAAACGGCCGUUGAGUCCAAAGGAAACCAAAGGAUCUGAUGAUGAGUUUGAGGAUUACUACCUGGGAAAAGAUAGGAAACUCGAAAAGGAGAAGAAAAUGCAAGAACUCAAAGAAGAAAUAAAAAACAUCAAAAAGGACUAUCACAAAAAUAAACUCAGGAAAGAGGAAGAGAAGACGAUAGAACAGAAAGAAGAAGAAGUAAAAAGUGAGGUAGUGAGAGAGUACAAAGAAGAGUACAACACAUAUAAAGUUAGGAAGGAGAAGUUACCACAGAAGGGAUCUGAUAGGGAAAAGUUUACGUUAGCGUUGUUGGAUAAGUUUAAGAAAAAGUUGCACACUGCCAAAGAAAAAGAACAGAAUAAAGAUGAGGAAAAACCAGAGGAAAACGAGGAAGAUGAUGAAAGAUCAUGGUUGUCGCAUAACCUGAAAUUUGAAGAUGACACACCAAUAUUAGCGAAGGAUGCCAAUACUAAAGACGAUGAUUGGUUCGAGAUCUACGAUCCAAGACAUCCUCUCGCGAAAAGGAGGCGUGGAGAGGGAGACGGUUCCUCAAGGGCAAAAAAAUAACUGUCAAUUUUAAUAUGUGAUAUUUAUAUUUAUUAUACGUUAUACGUGUGAAAUAUAUAUUGAUUAUCAAAAUAAAUAUAGUUUUUUA